AUGUCGUCCUCCAAUUUGCAACGACAAUUAAGCAAGGUGAUCAAUCUGGCCAACAAGGAGAUGAUACGACUAGACACAACUAUCCAGGAAAUCAAAAAACCUGGGGAAACGGGGUUUUGGGAUCUGAAAGCCCAGAUAAGCAGCCUACAAAUCCAUCAUGCCACACUCUCACAAUUCAGCCUGAGAAUCAACAGUUAUCUUGGUGACUGGGCUAAACUGAUUGAUGCGGCAAAUGAAACAUCUCGACCACAGCUGGAAGCGUCGCUCGAAACGUUUCACACGAACAAGGACCCCAUGCAAGUCCUUGAACGUAUUGAAGAAAACUGGUCAAAAAUUGAACAACUACAAGCACGACUACAAGUUGAGUUUGACUCCUACCAAAGCCAACCAACAGGAUCUCUCCGUCGCACCACACCAACUCCAGCCACCUCCCCGUCUCGUCCAGCCACACCAACUUCAGCUCUGCCCACAGCUACCGAAACUCCUCCGGCUACUAUCUACGUCCAACAAAACCCCAACCCGAGCGAAAUUGCGAAAUUCGACGGCAACUAUCUCCAAUGGCCAGCCUUCAACGAAUCGAUCCACAACAUUCUGGAUCCAGCACCCAUCCCCUUACAACAGAAAUUUUCUUGGCUUCUCAAAGCCACCAGCGGAAGACCAAAAUUAGCCCUGGACACCUUGCCCAUCGAAGCAGCCUCCUACCAAAAGGGACUUCAACUUCUUCGACAAGAAUAUGAUCGUCCAGCUAUCCUUGCCGACUGUUUCCGCGACCAAAUCCUUCAGUCAAAAGCAGCUCAUUCUCCAACCACCGAGCCCAGAACGGAUGACUACAUAGCUCUCGUUCACUCCCUACAAGCUCUACUACAUCGCCUCCAACAAUACGACCAAACAGCUGAAAACUCGCCCAUCUACACUCAAAUCAUCAAGCGCAAAUUUCCGAAACGGCUCAUCGCUAAACUGACAAAUGCGACAACCGCCAACUCAUUGCUCGACUCACUGAAGCAACUCCUUCUCGCCGAAAAGGACCUCAACCUACUACACAAUGCCGACGGAGCAGCCCAUCAGCGCAUCAAACAUGGGUUCAACGCUCCCGUACAUCACUCCCCUCGAUCCAACAAUUGGACAUCUCAUCACAACUCCCAAUCUGGGACCUCUGGAGCAGCUCGACAUCGAAAACUCUGUCCUCUCUGCCCACCGAACCAAUCACCAGCCCAUACCAUUUGGAAUUGUCCACUCGACCCAAGACAACGCAACGAAGCCGCCAAACAGAAAAAGCUCUGCAAAAAUUGCUGCUACGACUCACACAACACCUGGGAGUGUCCUUCAUCAUUCAAGUGCAAAACUUGCCAACGCCCACAUCACACGGCCCUCCACAUCGACUUCGCUACCGCGCCUUCAGCUCCUUCUCAACCAAGGCCGAUCCGCCCAGAUCAAGCUCCCAGGUCUCAGCAUUUCACCCCAUCCGCGGUGAAUCAUCAACAAUCGCGUCCCCGACACGCACCCAACAAUCAGCCAACUCCCAGGGUUCCUUUCAUCCCUGCACAUCAACCAUCUCACACCACCAAUGCAAUCCAAAUAGCUGCCAAUUCACCAAUGCCGACGGCCUCUCCUACCGCCGUCCCCAAGCAAUCCAUCGUUGCAAUGCUCGACAUGGAGGUCGCGAACCCUACACUACCCGACCACAGCAUGAAAACGCCCUCACUGCUUGACUCCUGCAGCAGUCUCAGCUACAUCGCCACGAGCUUGGUCCAACGACUUCUUCUCAUUCCAGCUCGACUCGAACAGUACUCGGUGUCACGUUUUCUCGACCCGGGGAGCAAAACACUAAACGUGGGCAUACACAGCAUCCUCAUCUACGACAAGGAACACGGCUAUAUCUGCGUCCAGGUCCACUCUGUCCCCUCCAUCCUCGAGAAAGUCAAAUCCCUUUCCGAUCCGACGGCAGCCAACCUCUCCCGCAUCCCGGCGCAUCUAUUCGAUCACCAAGAACCCGAACUACUACUCGGCGCACCCCACAUGUGGCGCAUUUUGGGUUUUACACCCACCAAAUCCGGUCUAUUCAAAAUCACUACCAAAUUCGGCGACUUCCUCACUGGCGAAGCACCGCUCCUUACUACCACUGACUGUCCCGACUUCUCCCCUCUUCCACUCCACUCAACCAACCUUGCGAUCGCCCAUCCAGUUCCCGACGACAUCACCGAUCCGCUACCCGAUCCUCCAGACCAGGCCAACACCGCGGAUGCCGAUAUCCCCGCUAUGCUUGACCGUCUCUAUAACAUGGAGGAAGCAGCGAUCCAUUCCCAAGAAGAAGACGACAGUAUCCUCGAGGCCAUCCAAGAAAACAUCACCCGGGACAGCAACGGCCGCUACACCGUCAAAUGGCCACGAAAAACGACCAAGGACUACCUCAGUAACACAUUCCCUUUGUGUUAUCGUCGUCUUCAACACUGCGUCAAGAAACUCCAAGCUACACCGGGACUCCUCGAUCAGUACAACGACGUCUUUUGCCAAUACCUCGAAAAAGGGUAUCUUGAAGAAGCCGCCCCAACCACCUCUCCUCUACUUUUUUAUAUGCCGCAUCAUGCUGUCAUCAAAAUGAGCUCGGCCACGACAAAGAUUCGUCUUGUCUAUGAUGCGAGUGCCCGUUCCGCUGAUGGCGGCAUCUCCCUCAACUCCAGUCUACAUCGGGGACCCAAUCUUCUUUCGAAUUUGAGCGGCAUCAUCUGUCGCGCUCGAAACCCCGGAUUUCUUGUGACCAGCGAUAUGCAAGAAGCGUAUUUACGCAUCGGACUAGCCGAGCCUGAUCGAGACAGCAACAGAAUCCUUUGGCUUAAAGACCUGAGCAAGCCCGUCUCACUGGACAACCUCCGUGAAUUGCGAUUCACCUGCACUCCUUUCGGAGUCGUGGCCUCUGCCCUUUUGCUAGCCGCUGUGAUCGACUAUCACCUACGGCACAGCAAUCAUCCGCUGGCCGAACGCAUUCGACGAGGACUCUAUGUCGACAACAGCACGACGGUCGCAAAAAAUCUCGACGAGGCCAAACAAUUCUACUUUGAGUCGAAAGAACUCUUCCGGACCGCCGGAUUCAAUCUCCGAGCAUGGCACAGCACCAACCCCGAAUUUAUGGAUUUUCUCCGCAGCCAAGAUGAGCAUAUCACGGACAACUACAACUCUUUCUUCGGCAUCCCACAUGACCCGCAGAAUGACACUUUCUCCAUCGAGGUGCCAAGUCCCGACUUUUCCAAUACCAAUCCACCAACUAAACGCAACACCCUUCAAUGGCUUCACCGCUGGUACGAUCCACUCGGACUCAUUUCGCCCGUUCUUCUCCCCAUCAAGCAACUCCUUCGGCGGACAACCAGCCAAGCUGCAGCUCAAAGCUGGGAUGCCCCACUGAGCCCCGCAGAUUGCGAAGAAUGGCUCCAACUAGCGACCAAAUUCGCCGACUUCCACUUCACCGUGCCGCGAGCGUACGGCACCCAAAUCAAUCGGCCGUCUCUCCAUCUCUUUGCCGACGCGAGCAAUAUGACUCCGGACAACCCCAAGCGACCU